AUGUCAGAAAUAGCAUUUUUACAUUUGAAAUUUAAUAAUAAUAAUAAUAAUAAUAAUAAUAAUAAUAAUAAUAAUAAUAAUAAUAAUAAUAAUAAUAAUAAUAAUAAUAAUAAUAAUAAUAAUAAUAAUAAUAAUAAUAAUAAUAAUAAUAAUAAUAAUAAUAAUAAUAAUAAUAAUAAUAAUAAUAAUAAUAAUAAUAAUAAUAAUAAUAAUAAUAAUAAUAAUAAUAAUAAUAAUAAUAAUAAUAAUAAUAAUAAUAAUAAUAAUAAUAAUAAUAAUAAUAAUAAUAAUAAUAAUAAUAAUAAAUAA